UCGAUCGAUCAGGUAGGUCGAUGGGGAGACUGAGGCCGCCGUGCUGCGACGAGAGCAGCGUGAAGAAGGGGCCGUGGACCCGCGAGGAGGACGAGAAGCUCGUCGCCUACGUCGAGCAGCACGGCCAUGGCAGCUGGAGGUCUCUCCCCAAGCGAGCCGGGCUGAACAGGUGCUGCAAGAGCUGCCGGCUGCGAUGGAUAAACUACCUGAGACCCGACAUCAAGAGGGGCAACUUCACUCCCGAGGAAGAGCAAGCCAUCAUUACCCUGCACUCCGUCCUCGGCAACAAGUGGUCGACGAUCGCAACACGGCUGCCAGGGCGCACGGACAACGAGAUCAAGAACUACUGGAACACGCGCCUCAAGAAGAGGCUCAUCGGCGCGGGCAUCGACCCGGCCACCCACCGGGCGCGGCCGCGGGCGCCGGCGCCCGGCGACCUCGCCACCGCGCUCCCGCAGCUGGUGGCGCUCGCCAGCCUGGCGGUCGACCUCGCCGUCGGCCACCACGCCGGCACGUGGGCCGCCGACUACCUGCAGGCCGACGCGGCGGCGGUGGCGCAGCUGCAGUGCCUCCAGCACCUCCUCCUCCAGCCGCAGCAACCGACGCCGGCCACCUCGGCGACGAGCGGCGGCGGCGGCGGCGGCCACCCGGACAUGAACACGGCGGGGAGCAGCUUCCUGACCCAAGCCGUCGCGUCCUACGCCGCAGCCCCACCUCUCCCUCCUCUCAUGGCGGCUACCACUACCAGCCAGCAGGCUCACGAGCUGAAACGAUGGCAAGGUCAGCUGCUCAGCAGCGGCGGCGGCGGCGACCAUGGCGCCGUGUCGCCGCCUCCUCUCAUGGCGGGCCACGGGGACGGCGGCGCGUCGCCUGAUCAUCUCAGCUUCUCCGGCGGCGGCGGCGACAUGUUUCUGCACUCCGACUUGACGGCGCUGCUGUGCAGUGCGAAUGCCGGCGUCGAUCUGCAGUCCUGUAAUCUAGAUUUCUGAUGCGAUUAGGGUGAUUAAUUAGAAGAUUAAGACGUCGUAAUCAUCAGACAUUGAUCGAGUCGAGAGUACGUGCAAGUGAUGGUGACUGGCGCCCCUGCCCUGUACAUGAAAGCACACUGUGGAUGAUAUUUUUAAAUUUGGUAGAAAUUCAUGCAAGUCAUAUGUAAUCGAUCGGAGGCGUGUGGUAAUUAACCUUUUUUUUUUCG